UCCAAGUGUUUCCCAGGGAGACGGAUCGCGCUAUUUUCGUCGAGGAACAACGAGAAUUAUCAAUUGUAUCUCACGGACCACUGAGAUUUUCCUUGAUAAAAAUUUGUAAAAAACGUAAUAAUACCCAGAAAAGAAAAAAAAAAAAAAUUAAUGCGUCAGAUUAAAAAUUGCGAGUGAAUAAUUAUGGAGCACCAUGAAAGCACUAGUUUGAAUCGUUAGUAUCUUAUCGCGAAGUAUUCGCGAGUGAAGAUUGAAUAAAGAUUGUGCUUCUCUUCGAGAGUGAUUGCCAGUCGAAUCCUGGCUUGAUAAUUAUCAGUAGAAAAGUUCGAGGCUUUUCAUUUACGUUAAUUAGCAUUCCGUCAUCGAAGACUUGAAUAUUUCUCGAAGAUUGAAUUUUAUUUCCUCUCGCGUUUCUUAUCUUUUUGUGCAACUUGUAAUGGCAAAGAGGGGAAAGAUGGAAGAUGGCACUUAUAAACAAAGUGGCUAUACUAACGAGGCAUUCCAAUUGGACAGUUUCGAUUCUCGUGAAAAUGUUCCACCCGAUUAUAAGACAGCAACGCAACUUGACAAACAGCAAGAGCAGUCUGAAAAUUCAGCGAUCACGAAAGAAACUGAAUGGGGAGGUAGAUUGGAAUUUUUAAUGGCUUGUAUAGCCACUUCUGUCGGAUUAGGAAAUGUAUGGAGAUUUCCAUUCACCGCAUAUGAAAAUGGCGGUGGUGCCUUUCUGAUACCCUACAUUGUAGUCUUGAUUCUGGUCGGAAAACCAUUUUAUUUCUUGGAAGGAUUGUUGGGGCAAUUUACCAACAGAUCCUGCGUGAGAACGUGGUACAUGACGCCGGCCAUGAAGGGUUUAGGAUAUUCACAAGUCUUUGUCGCGUUUUGCAUCAUUUCAUACUACUGUGCCCUGAUGGCAUUGACCUUAUAUUACUUGGCAAUGAGCUUCCAGUCUGAAUUGCCAUGGUCGGUUUGUCGUACAGAAUGGCGAAAUUACUGUAUCGAUGCUAUUUCAAACAACAGUAUCUCCGAGACUCGUAACUUCACCGUUCAAAGUUCCGCGGAGUUAUAUUUUAGGAAAAUAGUAUUGCAAGAAUACGAGUCCAUCGAGAGAGGUAUCGGUGCGCCGUCCUGGCAGCUGGCAAUAUGUUUAUUUUUUAGUUGGGCUUGUAUCUUUGGGUUGCUGUCCCUCGGCGUAAAGAGUACGGGUAAAGCCGCUUACUUCCUCGCGUUAUUUCCUUACGUUGUAAUGACGGCUCUGCUGAUCAGAGCCAUCACCCUCGAGGGCGCCGUUAACGGUAUUCUUUUCUUCGUCACUCCGAAAUGGGACGCCUUGUGGAAGCCUACCGUCUGGUACGCUGCUAUCACGCAGUGUUUCUUUUCAUUAUCGGUCUGCUUCGGCCCGAUCAUCAACUACUCGUCUUACAACAAUUUCGGACACAGGGUGGACAGAGAUGUAAUGAUAGUGACAACGCUGGAUACGUUUACUAGUCUGAUGGCCGGCUGUACGAUCUUCGGUAUCCUCGGUAAUCUGGCUCACGAGAUGGGCACGACGAAUAUCGCCAAGGUGGUCCGUGGGGGCACCGGAUUAGCCUUCAUCUCGUAUCCGGAUGCUCUAUCGCGUUUUACUUUUGUGCCACAGCUGUUUGCCGUAAUGUUUUUCGUCAUGUUAUUUGUUCUCGGUAUAGGAAGCGCCGUCGCAUUGUGCAGUGCGAUAUUUAAUGCCUUGCGCGAUCAUUUACCGAAAGUCAGGCAAUGGUUAGUGGUGCUCUUCGUCACCUCCUUCGGCUACGUCGUCAGUCUCAUUUACAUUACUCCGGGUGGUCAAUGGCUCAUAACAUUGGUCGAUUACUACGGGGGAACCUUCGUAGCAAUAAUUGUCGGCGUUCUCGAGAUAAUAACUAUUUUCUGGGUGUAUGGUCUGUCGAAUUUUCUUGACGAUAUGGAAUUUAUGCUGGGUAAGAGACUAGGUUUCUAUUGGCGAGCAUGUUGGCUCUUAAUCACACCCUUGCUCAUGAUAAUCAUACUGAUCUAUACGUGCGCAACUUACGAGCCGGUUAUGUACAACGGUGUACGAUUUCCCGAUUAUGCUUACGGAAUAGGAUGGUUUCUGCUGGCUUUAGGCGUAUCUCCUAUAGUAUGGUGGAUCGGUCAAAAAAUUGUCGCAAACAGAAUAUCAUUGUCUUUUACGGAAUCUGUCAAAACAGCAUUUCGACCUUCGCAAAGUAAAUGGGGACCUAAGAACUCGAAGAUACAUAGAGAAUGGGAAGCGUUUAAGACGAAGAAGAAAUUAAAAGUUCAAGGCGGUCUAAUGAAGAUAUUUUUUAAAUAAAAGAGCCAAAUUUUAUUUAUUGUUCCAUUUUCUUUCUAAUUUUUCUAAUGUUGUAAGCUUUUAUUAGCUUACAUAAUAUAAUGUAAUUGUAGAAAAAAAUUAAUCAUUUGUUUUUUUAUAAAUCUGUGUAUAUUUGUGUAUUCGCACGUGUUGCACUUAUUCUUAUUUUAUACAUAUUAUUGUACAAUAAUAAUGUGUAUUAUAUCUUUUUUUACAAAUUAUUUAUUUAUUACAUUAUGCACGCUUACACAUACAUAAUUAUAUUAGGUUUUAUAAAAAUGCGUAUUUUUAAUCGAAACUUUUUAAGAUAAAAUAUUUUUUAAACAUUUUAAAACAUUUUUUAAAACAUUUUAGAAAACUAGAGUAGAGCUAUACUAUUACGAGACAAAAGAUGGGCACACGAAUAUUGACAAUACGAUCGUGGUACUAUGCCGGUGGCACUAUAUAUUUACUGCUAUGAAUCGUGUUGUUUGAUUUACCUUUUUGAAUUACAAUUGGACGUGAAUACAUUUCGUGUAAAAUAUUUCCGCUCUAUAUUAUACACGGACGUAGUUACGAGUCAUCGAUCACAUUACGUAAUCUGUGGGUAAUCUUAUAAAUUUUAAGAUAUAUACUUUGUUCUUUGAUUUGGUGCUUUGAUAUGUAUACGUUUAAAAUUGUGCCAACUUAUUAUAUCAUAAAUUGGAAACUAGCCAAA